CCGCGCUGGAGGAGGUGGCGGCGUGCCCGUGUGACCCCCAUUGGCGGGGACCCCCCGGGCCCGGGCCGAGGGGAGGGCGACCCAGGGCGGGGCAGGGCAGGGCGGGGCGCGGCGCUGCCCUGCCCUCUCGCUGAGCGGGGAGGCGGGAAGCGGCGUCGGAGCGCUGCCGGUCGGCCGGAGCCAUGCGGAGCUGCGGGAGGGCGCGGGGCGCUGCGGGCUGGGCCGCCCCGCUGCUGCUGCUGUGGCAGUGCCUGCCGACGGUGCGGCCCUACAACCUGGACACGCGGCACGCCCUGCUCUUCCGCGGCGGCAACGGGACCUUCUUCGGGUACUCGGUUCUCCUGCACCGCCACGGCGAGGAGCGAUGGCUGGUGGCGGGCGCGCCCCGGGCCAGCUGGCCCGCCAACGAGUCGGUGGUGAGCCCCGGGGCCAUAUUCCGGUGCCGGAUCGGGGGGAACUCCAGCGGAGAGUGCGAGCAGCUCCAGCUGGGCCAUCCCAGUGGAGAGCGCUGUGGGAAGACUUGUGUGGAGGAGCGGGAUAACCAGUGGCUGGGUGUCAGCUUGUCGAGGCAGCCCAAGGAGAACGGAUCUAUCCUUGCUUGUGGACAUAGAUGGAAAAAUGUGUUUUACGUGAAAAAUGAGCACAAACUGCCAUACGGGAUUUGUUUCAGCAUUCGUUCUGAUUUUCGAACUGAGCUGAGCAGAAGAAUAUGCCCAUGCUAUAUAGAUCAUGUACGAAAGUUUGGAGAAAACCAUGGGUCGUGUCAGGCUGGAAUGUCUAGUUUUUACAUUGAGGACUUAAUUAUAAUGGGAGCCCCUGGAUCAUUUUAUUGGACUGGUUCUGUUUUUGUAUACAAUACAACUGCGAAUACAAUCCACCCUUACACAGAUUCAAAUAACCAAGUGAAAUUUGGCAGUUAUCUAGGAUAUUCUGUUGGAGCUGGACACUUUCUGACACCAUCCAGUAUAGAAGUAAUUGGAGGGGCUCCCCAGCAGGAGCAGACUGGUAAAGCAUAUAUUUUUAGCAAUGAGAAGCAACUAAAUAUUCUAUUUGAACUAAGGGGUAAACAGCUUGGCUCUUACUUUGGAGCUGCAGUUUGUGCUGUGGACCUGAAUUCAGAUGGCUUCUCAGACUUACUAGUUGGUGCUCCCAUGCAAAGUACCAUCAGAGAAGAGGGAAGAGUUUAUGUCUAUAUUAAUUCAGGUUCUAAAGCAAAGAUGGUAGAGCUGAACGUAGAGCUCAGCGGGAGCGACUCGUAUGCAGCGAGGUUUGGAGAGUCCAUAGCCAAUCUGGGAGACAUAGAUAAUGAUGGCUUUGAAGAUGUGGCAAUUGGGGCUCCACAAGAAGAUAAUCUAAAAGGGGCUAUUUAUAUAUACAAUGGCAGGCGAGAUGGAAUAACACCAUCGUUUUCACAGAGAAUACAAGGACAAGAAGUCAGUAAUUCUUUAAGCAUGUUUGGACAAUCCAUAUCAAGUGGCAUUGAUGUAGAUAACAAUGGUUAUCAAGAUGUAGCAGUUGGUGCAUUUUUCUCUGAUUCUGCUGUGGUGCUGAGAACAAAACCAGUGAUAAUUGUUGAAGCUUCUUUAAAACAUUCUAAUUCAAUAAAUCGAACUAAUCUAGACUGCAUGGAAAACGAGCAGCCUGCCACCUGUAUGAAUCUGAAGAUCUGCUUUGCCUAUAGGGGACGAGAGGUACCUGGGUACAUUGUAUUGCUUUAUAACCUGAGUGUUGAUGCAAACCGAAAAGAGGAUACACAGGCAAGAUUUUAUUUUUCCUCAAAUGGAACAUAUGAUACGAUCUCAGGAAAAGUAAAGAUUUACAGCAAUAUUACUGCCUGCAAAGAUCAUCCAGCAUUUAUGAGGAAAGAUGUAAGGGAUAUCUUGACUCCUGUACAUGUUGAAGCAAGUUAUCAUCUGGGGCAUCAUAUUCUACAGAAAAGAAAUGUUCAAGAAUUUUCACCACUUCAACCUGUUCUGCAACGCAGGAAAGAAAAAGAUGUUAUAAAAAGCAAGUUUACUUUUGCAAGAUUUUGCUCCCAAGAAAAUUGUUCAGCUGACUUGAGAGUUUCUGGAAAAGUUGUUUUUCCAAAGCCUCAUGAUAAGAAAACGUACCUUGGUGUUGGAAGUAUGAAGACUUUAUUGUUGAACGUUUCUCUGCUUAAUGUUGGAGAUGAUGCAUAUGAAACUCUCCUCCAUAUUCAGAUCCCUAAAGGUCUUUAUUACAUUCGAGUUUUAGAACUGGAAGAAAAACAGAUACAUUGUGCAGUAUUAGAUAAAGAAAUUAAUGCAGUGACACUGGAGUGCAGUGUUGGCUAUUUAUAUGUGGAUCACAACUCAAAGCUGGAUUAUAGUUUCCUCUUGGAUGCAAGCUCAUUAACCAGAGCAGAAGAGGACCUCAACAUCAUCAUUAAUGCUACCUGUAAAAAUGAAGAUGGGAACAUGUUGCUGGAUAACCUGCUAACUUUACCUAUACCUCUGAAAUACGAGAUCGAGUUAAAUACUCACGGGUUUGUGUCACCAACCUCAUUUGUUUAUGGAGCAGAAGAGAAAGAUUCACCAAUGACAUGUAUGAAGGAAAAUAUCAACUUCACUUUCCAUGUCAUCAGUGCAGGACCAAGCAUGUCUCCAAACACCAGCUUAGAGAUUAUGAUACCAAAUGCUUUUCCACCCAGGGACUCCAAAUUAUUCAACCCAUUGGAUAUCAAGACAACAGCUGGACACUGCUCCUAUAAUAAAUAUCCCAGAAGCUGCACUGCAGCAGAAAGCAAUGAAAACUUAAUAAAGGAUGUCAUCACUUUCUUCUCAAGGCCUACUAAGAGGCACAUGUACUGCAUGAAAAAUGACAGCCUUUGCUUACAAAUACAUUGCAAGCUGGGAAACAUGGAAAGUGGGAAAGAAGCAACUGUUCACUUGCAUCUGGAGGCUACUCCUUCACUUUUACAAAUGGAUGAUGCGUCGGUAUUAAAGUUUGAAGUAAGAGCAACAGCCUGGCCAGAAAAAAGUGCAAAAGUUAUUGAACUACAUAAGGACAAGCAAGCUGCAUAUGUCUAUUUGGAAGGAGUGCACCACCAAAAGCCAAAAUACUAUGUUACUGUGCUAAUUAUUUCCCUAGGCUUAAUAAUUGGUCUUACCUUGUUAUUGGUUCUUUCAUUUAUAUUAUGGAAGAUUGGCUUUUUCAAAAGGAAAUACAAACCAGUCCCUCAAGACAUGAACAGAAGAGACAGCUGGAGUUUUAAAAGUGGGAACAAAAAUGACUAAGAAGGCAAAUAAAUGUUUGAUUUGAAAAUGAAGAAAUGAAAAUUCAGAUUAAUUCACAGGAGAAACAUCAGCAACAAGAAACCUAGGCCUUGAGCUUACUUGCUCUUGCAAAACAUGCUUUAUUUCCUUGAACUGUAUGGAGGACACACCUUUACUGUUCCAAUAAGAAAAUGAUAAACCAGUUUGUUCUGAAGUCUCACAGUAAAAUCUGAAAUAUGGUCUCAGACAGAAGAACACUAAAGAUAAAGAGAAGAAUUACUUACCAAAAGGAAGUAUUUGUAAAAAAUAUUUGUAUUUUUGGCCAAUCCUGGAAAGUAAGAUCUCAAACACAUUAGAGUGUAAGUUGUUCUGUUAUUUUUAAAGUUUCAAUGAUAUUCAAGAAGAAACCCUCUCUCAUCUUGGCCUGGCAUUUUACCAAGGGUAAGUUAGCUCAAUUCUGUAGGACUGUAAGUAGAACACACAGACAUAGAAAUGGCUCUCAGAAGUUCUGGGCUUCUGCAGGUAACCUCAAAAGCUUUGGCUUCACAGGCACAGCCACAUCACUGAAGGUACUGAGACACCCAGGCAAGCCAGAACCAGGAGGGCCAAAGGUGAAUUCACAACAGGGAAUUUGUGGGGAGUAGCCUGGAGAUGCAGCUGUAGGAAGAUCAAAGUAUUGGAGAUCAUAAUUUGUAGCCAUCUAUAACAUGGUACUUGCAAGCAUAAUAGAAUUAUUUGUUUCAUCCUUUCCUCUGGCAGUGCUGCCAAAAGGUUUUGGACUUCUCCACUGAAUUAUUUCUAUGUGGGUUUUUUUUAAGCAAGUAUUUAUUUUUAUUUAUUUGAAGAGUUUUCUAUAGUACUUCUAAUAGGAUUUAGUGCUGGCAUAGACAGGCUUCAGCUGACAAAACAGAGACACCCACAAGACUCCAACUGCCAACCGUCAUGGGCCAAAUUUUAUCUUUAAAUUAAGUACUGUAGGAAGUACUUAAUAAGGAAGUCACUUGGAGAGCCAGCUUGGGUUCCUGGGAAGGGUCAGAUCAAUGUCAUCCAGACGGGCACCCUCAGCAGCAAAAGGCAAAGGACUGAACAGAAACUUGGAUCCAACCCCUGCUCUGCUGCUCCAGGAGGUCUCUUCAGCUAGCUAAGUUUGCACUGCCACCUAGCUUUGGUGAAACAGCACCAGCCACAAGGGAAAGAGCCUUCCUUUGCUCCCCAGAGUAGCUGGAGAAUGUCCAGCUUCUUCAAUAGCUGAAUUUAUUGCACCAGCAGGACAGAGGAUGGCCGUGAGGCUGGGCCUUGGAUGUCUUUCUGAGCUGCACCGAGAAAGGAACGUCACCUGUACAAAUGCUCUGGGGCUGACCAUCCUGAAACUCAAACCCACAGCGAGUGCCUUCAGUGCCUCAAACCCACUGCUCCCAGAGUGCCUGGUGCCAUAAAAACCAUGUUACCCACAGAUUCCAAAGGUGUUUGGGACCAUUCUGUAACUUCCUUUCACUCCAUCUAAUGCCAAAGAUGUGCAUCACUCCAAAGGAUGUUUUCCUCUAAUAGCUACAGUGCAAGAACAAAUGAAUGUGCAUAUAUUUUUUUAAAAGUCAAAAUAAAGUAUGUCAAGAAUGAAAUACUUUCUUGCAAAUCUCUGUGAAAACUGUAUCAAAAAAUGCUUACCUUCCACAUGGCUUUAGUGAAUUUUUGCACUUUAACCAAAAAACCUUUGAAAUUAGUUUGACAUUACAGCAUACUGUGAAAAAUAUACCUCAAAUACUGGAAGAAGCAUUCAUGUUCUUUUGAGUACAAACAAUGCAAGGAAGUGAAACCAAAGCAUUUUAUUUAUCUUUGAAAUAGUUUACAUAAGUCAGUACAUAUGAUAAUGAUGCCUUGGAAAUUGUACAGAUUUGAUUGCCUUUUCCUAGGAUAUGAAGCAAAAUUAUCAAGUUUUUCAUAAAAAUGAAUGUAUAAUGUCCUGAUGGUGGCAAGAUUAUGAAGUAUUACUCAACUGCAGUUUAUUAAAAAAAUCCAAACAAGUUAAACACAUGAAUACUGUUUGUUCUGCAAGUUCAAUUCUUUUGUUAAAUUGCAUUUAAUAAAUAACAGUUAAAUCUACUAAAUGUUGCUGGGAUGCCUUUUUAGACAACAUAAAGAAGCUUAUAUUUAACAUCUUAAGACAGUUCAAACUAUCUGAUGGGAGAGAGUAUGAAUUUUAAGGGGAGACUGCUCCCUGUGGCUUGGACAACAGGUAACAGCUUGGGUUUAGGAGCCAAAUCCUCAGCUGCAGUGCUUUAGGUGCAGUACUUAGUCCCUGUGUAUUUAUGACAGAUAAGAAUUCUUACAACUAUUUUAAACCAUUGUAGCUAUGGCUCUCUUGUAAAGACUUAAGGCCUUGAUUUAGCCACAUCAUACAAGGCCUGAAUUCACACUGCACUGGAGUGCUUCCUGAAGAAAGCACCUAAAUCCACUCAUCCUUGCAUGACACAAUGCAGCUCUCUCACCAUUAUCUGUGCACU